AUGGUAGAGCAGCUCACUCUCGUGGUGCGCGAGGUGGAACGCCUCGUCACCGCGCCGUACGUCCCGUCACUACAGGACCUUUAUGGCAUCUUUCAGCAAUGUUCGUCGUCAACAAUCGAAUCCUGGGCGUUCUGCAAACCUUGCCAGGUUAGCGCGCUGGGCGAUGUUCUAGUUGAAGCUUUAUCGCGAUCGCGCCUCGCUUUGCCUCUAAUUACUGCAUUUUCAUCUGCAUCGUCAUUUCGCGAUGCGCUGCUCGACCACCACCAAACGAUCCUAGAUGCGUUUCUCCAAAAGGCCCUGGGAACCAAUGAGCAUGAGUACAUCCCCGCAUGCAUUGCACUGCUAUCUUCACCCCUGCCAGCAGAUGUAGUGCCACCAGCACGCAUUGCCCCCUUCAUCACGAAGCUCGUGGGCAUGAUGUCAGACAGUCCCUGCAUUGAGACAAUCUCACCUCUCUACAAAAUCAUGAAAGGGCUACAACGUUCACCAAAAGUCCUCGACGACAUCCCGUCUGAGGUCAUGUCCAAUCUCCAAGUGGAGUUCACCAAGACUCUACGCAAUUUCGAUGACCACAUGGGAAAUCUCUUGUGCCUUGCCACUUUCGCUCAGAUUGCGUUAGCACGACCACCACCCUCGCAAAAUCAACACGGAUCAGAAGCUCCAUCUUGGCUUCUCAACAUCAACCAUUUCUUCGGCCCGAAGCGUGGUCUGAAAACUCUGGACUUGGUUGUACUGCGCGUCAUUCUGGCUUGCUCGUCUAGCUGCACUUUAGCACCAUCGCAAGCUGCUGAAAGUAUCAAGCUGGCUAUCUACAUCGCUGAUGCAACUCAGCCUGAUCAGAAACAUGCUUGGAUGGCUAGUAAUUCUUCCAAACUAGCCAAGCUGUGUGAGAAGGCUGGGAGAGAUGGGCUUGAUAAUGAAAUACGGACAAUGGUUAUCAUCUUUCUGCUUACUCUCGUUCCGGCAAGGUCACUGCCACCACAAGUGCGAGACUCUGGCUUGAAGACUCUUUUGUCCAAAGACAGCCAGGCAGUUCUAGAGAGUGUGCCCCCGCAAUUUAUCUCACGCCUCUCAAAAUCGUUAGCUGUCUCCGGAGGAUCGGCUGCUCCUGACCUUUUGAAUUUCACAUGCUCCACUCUAAAGGACAGUCACAAUCAUAAUGAGGAAACAGUCAGCAUGCUGCGCCUGGCAAGCCUGGUGCUGGUUGGCGUACAGGAAGUUGAUCCCGAGCUGAUCCUUCCCAACAUUUCCAGCUCAUUGGCCGCCUUCAAACAGGGUCUUGUGGAGAUGCUUGAGAGCUUCCCCAGGAGACCAAGCAAAGAUAACUGCAGUGAGUCAAGUGUGUGCCUGUCCCAGCAAUGCACAAUGCAGAAUAAGCUGUUUUUAUCCUUGUUCAAGCUUUACAACUCUGUCUCUUCGGCACAAAAUGGAGGGGAUACUCUCAUGCAACCCAUUAUUGGAUAUGUGGAGAAAUCUUUGCCGAAUGGAAGCUGUGUGUUUUCACAAGCGGGCAAAAAAGAGUACCCUGAAUCCCUUCCCCUGCGCGACAGAGAACGGUUCUCACCUCCUCGUGUUUCUCGCAAUUGGCGCCAGGAUAUGGUAUCAGCAUUCAUGGAGACUUCUCGAAGCACUCAGGUGACUAUGAUGCAAAAGAUCGAAGAUGCAUGCUUCGAGCUGGAGCGUCGCUGCUUCGACGUAGAAGGACCUGUCCGAGCUGCCGAAGAACAAAGAGAUCAAUUUGCCGAGGAAAUUCGUCAGCUGAAAGAACAUAUUGACCAACAGGAGCUCCGACUGAGCGAAUUCUCAGAAUCUUUUGCCGGCCUUCAUGACGAGAAUGCUCGCCUCGAGGAGCAAAUGAAAAAUGAAUCCGCACGAGCUGAGCAGCUUUCGAAGUCUCUUGCUUCUGUAAAGGAGGAGCUUCAAGGACAGCAAUGGCACUCUAAGAAAGCAAUUUGUAUCGAAAGGGAGCAGUCUCGAUCCAAGGAGUUGGAAAUGAUGGCUGCUCUGACUGAGAAAGAGGAUCAAAUUGAAGAUCUCCAGGAGGAAAUGCGACGCUUGCAAACUGAGAAUGAACGAACACGCCAGACUCUCGAUCAAGUCACUAAGGAAAAAGAUGCUUCCCUGGAUACGUCUGGGUAUUUGAAAGAGGAGCUCGCUGGUAUGAGGGAUGCUUUGGAACAAAGUAGGCUUCUGGCUGUCCGGAAGGAGGAUGAAUUCAAGCGCCUUUUGGCUGAGGAAGAUGAUCUCCGAAUGGAAGUGGGGACUCUGAAAACCACAGUGGACGAACAAAACACCGAAGUUAAAAGACUUAUUUCUGUACUGCAAGAAUCUGAGGAAAAGAUGAGCAGUGAGAUUGAAAAGCUCAAUCAUGAUCAUGAAGCGGAGGCUUCGAGGGCCACGUCCGAGAUGGCCAAGCAGGAAGAAGAAAUCCGGCAGUUGCAAGCUGCUAUGCAUGCUGCCACUUUGGAUGCUUCUAAGAACGCCCGGGCCAAGGACAAACGAAUCCUGCAUUUGGAGAAAAAGAUACAAGCUUUGCGUGAUGAGCGUGCCGCCAAGGCUCGCGAGUUCUCCGAAGCACAACAGCAUAUCGGACGACUCAUGGGAGUGAUGGGCUUUUCGUCCAAUGCACCUGGAUCCACCAGUCCCAAACACCGGCGGACUAGGUCCAGCAUCAACCCGGCCCAGGCUGCAAGUACCCAGCAGCCAGUCAGUGAUGACGAAGAUGCACAGCUAGCACACUCGUUUGAGUCUUUGGCAUCCUUCAGUGGACCCACACCCAAACGACCAAGAGGAAACCGUCCACCUCAGGCACUGAGUACUCCCUCUGCAGUGCCUCGGGCAAAGGUUCAAUCUCCUACCAAAAGACUGCCCCAAUCUACCCGGCAGCCAUUAGCAACUGCCAAUAAUAUUAGCCCGACUAAACCCCAGGCGAGCAACCUAUCCAAACACAGCGUAGUUGAUGCUUCGUUCCAGGAAAGUCAGGCACAGGAGAAUGUUGAAGGGCACAGGUUGCAGGAUUUUGACUUGGAUAUGGACCUUGAGUUCUCGAAGGAUUUGCUCUUCUCAAGUACUGCAUUUACGGGAUCUAAUGACCAAGUCGUGCCAUAG